AUGAUAGGUGACCUUCGCCAAAUAAAGGAGCAACUUGCUGCUCUCCGGGUUCAGGAUAAUCAGAAACAAACUAGCGACUCCUUGUCCGGUGAAAUUGAGCGCCGACCUCGCUCUGCAUCUCCGAGGAACGAAGCACCGGGCAUCUCGGAGCCUGGCAGGGAGGACGAGAACUACGCCGUCGGCUUUCCAAUUGAGAAGAAACAUGCUCGCGUCGUCUCACCUCCUCGUGAUAAGCGAGAUGAAAAGCCUCUGAGGGGUAUUUUAAAGCAGCCAAGCGCCCGCUUCCCCGAGGACUCCAAUCCCAUUCGAGAGGGAGUUGCUCCUCACAAGGAGGAUAAAAAGCUCAAAGAAGUUCCGCCUGGGGCACGAUGGACAAGCAUUAGUCGAAAGAUAGUCAAUCCUGAAGCUCUCACUAUCGGCAAGGAGCGAUUCGAAGAGCGAGCUGAUGUGGUUAUUGUGCUGCGAGUUCUAAGCAAGGAGGAGAUACAAGCGUAUGCUGCCGCAACUCAAGUUCUUCGAGAAAGACGGCGCGAGCGGGAGGACCCAGAUCGUGAGCAGGAGCGCAGGCGUCAUCGUGAUGACGACAGCUCUCAGCCUCAUCGCCGACAUCGCCACCAUGGCGAUGAGGGUGAGUACGACAAUGACGUCGACGGUGAGGCGCAAGGUCGUGGUAUGGACUUAAGUGAUGAUGAGAAGCAGAGAGGUGCCCGAGACGAUGGGAGCGACAGUUCUGGUCAGAGGGAUGAGGUUGGGAAGGACAAUGAAGGAGUGAGACGACCAAAGCGAGGUGCUCAAGAUGGUGAAACUGGGGAGAGAAGACGAGGCAGAACCCAUAGCGAUGAUCGGGAUGGUGAUAUUGAGCGUCGGGGAAAUAUCAGAAGGGAUGGUGGCGAAGAGCGUGAGCAGCAUCGCAGCGAUGGCGACAAAUAUCCCCGUUAG